AAAAAGUAUUAAACCCACACGCGAAGUUUCGUUCUCUCACAUCACAGUGAAAAAAAAUAAAAUAAUAAAAAGCCCUAAUUUGUUCACCGCUAUUUGAAAACCCCAAAUUGAAACUGAAUUUCGUAUAAUUGUUUAACCCUAGUUAAUUAAAUCGUGUUGGAAGAGAAAAUCAAGCACAAAGCGAGAACAAGAAGAAGAUGGUGUUGGAAACGGAAAUCAUUUAUCAACAAAGCAUUCCCGUAUUGGAUGUUAAGUAUCAUCUUUGUGUUGCACAAGAACACGGUGUUAAGGUUGAGGUAUCAGCAUCUAAUGCUGUUCCGGUUUUUAGCAAAGUCAGGGUUUCCUCUGAAUCCAUUUCAACCGAAACGUCUCUCUUUGAAUCGACUGAGACUUGCUCGGAGAUGAGUACAGAUUCUAUUUUAGAGAAUCCUGUUUCAAGGUUUACACCGAACAUUCGUUCUGGUAGCUGUGCUGAUAUUGGACCCAGGGGAUCAAUGGAUGAUGAACACAUUCAAAUAGAUGAUCUAGCUGCCCACCUUGGAUUUGUGUUUGAAUACCCUAUACCUAGUGCUUUUUAUGCAGUUUUUGAUGGGCAUGGAGGGCCUGAUGCAGCUGUUUUUGUUAAGGACAAUGCUAUGAAAUUAUUUUUUGAAGAUGCUACUAUGCUGCAAUCAUAUGACACUGAUGCACUUUUGCUGAAGAGGUUGGAAGAUUCUCAUCGGAAAGCUUUUCUAGGUGCUGACCUUGCAUUGGCUGAUGAACAGAGUAUUAGUAGUUCUUGUGGAACAACAGCACUGACUGCCCUUAUACUUGGAAGACAUUUACUGGUUGCUAAUGCUGGCGAUUGCCGAGCAGUUCUUUGUAAGCGAGGAGUAGCUGUUGACCUGUCUCAAGACCACAGACCAAGUUAUUUACCAGAGCGCAAGAGAGUGGAAGAGUUGGGUGGUUUUAUUGAUGAUGGAUAUCUCAAUGGUUAUCUUUCUGUCACUCGUGCCUUAGGCGAUUGGGACUUAAAAUUACCAGUUGGUUCUGUUUCACCUCUUAGUGCUGAGCCAGAUGUUCAGGUAGUCACAUUGACUGAGGAAGACGAGUUCUUGAUCAUUGGGUGUGAUGGGAUUUGGGAUGUAAUGUCAAGCCAGGAUGCAGUUAGUUUUGUUCGUCGUGGAAUAAGAAGGCACGAUGACCCACAACAAUGUGCUAGAGAGCUAGUCAAAGAAGCAUUGCGCCUACACACAACAGAUAAUCUUACCGUAAUUGUUAUAUGCUUGUCUCCCGUCGAAAGCAUUGUUGAAUCCUGUCCACCCCACAGGCGAAGAUUCCGGCCUUGCUCUCUGUCUGACGAGGCUCGAAACAAAUUGAGGAGCUUGCUAGAAAGUAACUGAUUGUAAAUACAAAUCUCAUGAUUCAGCUAUUGUUCAUUUCAUGCUGAAAUUGAUUAAUGUUUUUAGGCUGUUGUAGAGUUAGAGAAAAGCAGCCAGCAGUUUUGUAGGGAUGGAAGAGAGGAUAGUUGGAGAGGGUUGGUGGUUGAGAUUUAUAUAACUUACUGAGGUAUUUUCUAGUUUUAUUUUGGCGAUUUUAGAGACAAAUUACAAAUGUAGCAAAGCUAGUUUUGGAGGGUACUCUGGCGGAUUAGAUUUCCACAUUAUUGUUACAUGUGUAAAUAAGAAAUGAUUUAGACUUAUCAGCUAGGGGAGAAUGCAACCAUAAGUACUAUUUGUUUAACAUUUUCUUUGGGCCUUGGUUGCUGCGUGGAUAAGUUGGUUGAGUGCACGUAUGAACUACUUUGUUCUUUUUGAUUCGUUUUAAUAAACCUUCAUUAGCUUUCACAUUAA